AUGGCGUUGAGGGACUCGUUAGAGCGCGCGCGGGCGACGAUGAUGGGCGAAAACCUUGACCCUGGUCGUGCGAUCGCGCGGACGCCGGCGACGGUCGCGUUCACGAGCGCGCGUAAAGAAGACGUGGACAGAGAGUUGCGCGUUCAGCGAGACGAACGACGAAAGUCGCAACCGACCGGGAGAAUCAACGAAGAGGACGUAAGGAGAGGCGUGCUGGAAACGCGAGCGUCGAUAUUUAACGUAGGUGCGGCGAACGAGUCCAAAGCGCGCGGUUCGUGGCGCAAAGCGCUCUCGAGCGUGCGCUCUGCGAAGCGCGGCGCGGCGCUGAGCGACGUCAAUCCGCUUGAGUGGACAGACGUCGACGGUUUAUUCGCGUACUACGAUUCGAUUUAUUUCGAAAGCAAACUCAACGGCCGCGUCACGUUUUCUUGGCACGCGUCGCCGUCGCAUAGAAAUGACGAUGAGAGUGAAGACAUGGGCGAAAAAGCAAAACUCGACAGUCUAUUCAAGUAUUGUUUGUGCAGCGAUGUGCCGAAGUGGUGGCACGGGGCGAACCCGAGGCAGUUAUGCGUCGGGGUGUGCUGUGUCAUCGAGAAACGGGCGUCGCAGUAUUCACGCGUGGCGCAUUUGCGUAUGCCGGACGUUUUGCGUCGCUUCAAAAUGACGCAAAUGACAAAGGAGGCGCUUCUUCACGGCAUGACGCAUGCGUACUUGUUUGUGACUGGUCAUACAAAAGAAGACGCCGCGUUCAACGCGCACGACGAGGAGUUCAAGCGUUUAACGUACAAGCUGAAUUAUGAUUUCAUGAUCGCCGAUGCGUACAGACCACAGGAUAAAGGGUACGCGAUUCGUUGGUUUGAUCGAGCGAUUGAGGCGUCCGCGGCCGCGACGACGUCUUCAGAUCCUCUCUCGAGCUCUAUGGCGGUAGCAUCAGCCCGGCCAACGAAAGAUGUGGCUUCGUCAGUGAAGAGUCAACUAUUCAAGAAUUCGGUGGUAGACGUUCUCACGCCGGAGCACUACAAAUUGUUGUACUUUAUUAGCAAGCAUAGUCGAUUAGCUGAGAAGGCGACGGACAAGGAGCGUUGGAUUCGUUAUCUUCACAUCAUGGUUCUAGUUUACGAAGCGAUCUUGGCUGGUGUUUUCGACUACGAUUACUCCCCAUACGGUGAAGAAGUCGGUUCAAAACGAAUGAUGCUGAAUAUCUCCCAAGAAGCGAGAGAUAAUCUCGACGAUUUAGUCGAGGCGGGGAUGGUACGUUCGUUAAGGAUGUCGACGUCCAACGGGAAAUCUACGAUGGCGUAUCAACCAUCGAAGAAGGGAUUGGAAUACAUGCGACAAGGUUCGAUUUCUCGGGAAGAUAAAGAGCUGUGCGAUGAAUUCAUGUAUGACCCCAGAGGUUCAUUGCUCAAGGUUGUGUUUGAAGAAAAGACGGAAACGUUCAAGUUGGUUUCCGACGAAGGAUUCAACAUCGAUAGCACAGUGACGGAAUCCGAAGAUGUCUCUUACGUCUGUUCGCCGUACCUUUGUCGACAGUUCAUGAAGAGCGCGUCUCGGCCGCUUUCGAGCUACGCGUAUCGCGCCUCAGAAUCCAUACGAGGUUUGAGCAGUAUAGCGGACGAUUUGGACGUCCAGCUGUCCAUGAGUCGAGUCAUCGUGUUGAUUGGCGACUGGAUCCCCACGAGUUGUACGCAAAUCACAGAGUUGUCGCAAAGUUUGGGGGUUUCUGAUCGAAACAAAGGUGGCUAUUACAGCUCGGAAGUCGAUCGCGCGAGCACGGAUACGUGUCUCGAGAUCCCCGUUGGACUCACGAGAAUUAGCAUCUCUUCGGCGAAUGCGGCGCAGUAUUGCAACGUGGAGGCGGAAGUCGAGUAUCCGGAAGCAGCUGGAAUUACGCAAAUCGAGUCGUUUGGACUUCGCUUCGCUCGAGAGGGUGACUUGGUUUGCGGUAUGAAGAUUGAAUCCGUCAUGACGAAAAUUCUCAACGACAUUCCAGUCGAUUGGCUCAGUCGAGUCGUAGCCGACUUGCAAGUCGAUAGUUCCAAGCUCACGGCGAGCAUGACGUCGCUCUAUCAGAGAAAUGUACUUGAGACUGUUUACGAUGGAGAUUUUGCUAACAGACCAAAGUUUGCGCUGUAUCUGGCAGAGACAAUAUCGCCCAAGCUCAGCGCGCGGCACUACCUCGACGGCGAUUCAAUCGAGGCAGAGGUUAAGCAGCUCAUCGGCGAUACGCACUACGCGCUGGAUGUGAGCGACAGUGACGUCAUCAUCAUCGGUGCCGGUGGUAUAAUAUUUGCUGGUCCCGAUUGCGCUCGGCAUGAGACAUUAUUGAUGGCCUUUUGCCUUUUGCGGGCGAGGGAAAAUUUCUGCACCGUUCUAUACCAAAAAUUGUCCACGAUGAAGGAAGAGCUAAGAAAUUUACAAAUGAUUUUAGAGCGCGUUCACGAUGAGCCCGACACGUUGCGUCGCGCUCAAGUCAGCUUGGCUGAGACGAAUACGAAUUUGUACCGUCUAGGUGAGGCUAUACGACACAUGGAGGUAGCAAGCGAGACGCCGAUUAUUCAAUUCGGCGAAUCCGUAGAACCCGAAACGCCCAUCACGGGGACGACGAUGUACUACGCGCUGAACACGAAAUCGAGUAAGCGGCUGCAACACGCGCUGGCGAUUGAUGUGCUCGAGUCGACGAUUGCGAAGAGAGUCAAGGGAUGUGUCAAGCACUAUUCGGCAAAUCAAGAGUUUUUGCGUACUUUGCAAGCACAGGCGAAGGAAGUGAUGCGAGACAACCGAGCAAAAACAAUCGCCACGACGAGGGCGACGCUUGACCAAAGCCGCGAGUUCAUGGAGCACGAUGCUGGCGGCGAUAGACAGAGUCAGCGCGUGUUAUGCGCGCUCUUCAUUGGCUUGUUAGCCUUCCGUAUCCUCGAUCGACUCGUCGGGUCGUCGUUCACAAUCCCCGAGAGCGUUUCGUUCGUCACGAAGAACUUUCGCUACCCACUCAUGUGGGAUAUGAACGUACCCUGGAUACUCUUGAGCCUCGGCACGUGGCUCAUGAUUGCGGCUGGUUGUGCUUUUGCACGGCGAGUGUACGUCGACAGACGCGACGGGUUUAUCGACUCAACGACGUCUUCGACGCGCCGACUUUGCGUCAACACUCUCCUGAGGUAUCUCAAGUUGAAGGAAGAAGUGACCUAUCAGGAUAUCUUUGCGACCGAGGGCACGCAAGUGACUCAAAUCACGUACGUCGAGGUGCCGUGGGGAAUAUUCGAUACAUAUCGCGCGAACAUGACGCUCACGGUGGACACCAUGCGCGGCAGACUCCUUAAAACACGCAUUCGCAUCUCCAAGUCAAAGUCGUUGCCCGGCAAGCUGUUUCCGAACGAGUUACACGAACUUCUCGUCGCCGAUCUCGAGCUCAACGGGGUGAUCGUUGACGGUGAAGGCAACGAAAAGCGCCGAAAAGCGGCGCAGCACAGGACUAAGCCCAAAAUUUUGUUGGUGCAAGCCUUGGGAGAAGUCGGCGUGCGCGAAAUCACGCUCACGGACAGCACGUUGGAAAGUUUGCGGGCGACCAUCGCGGCCAAGUUUUGCUACAGAAUGAAAAACGUCAUUCGCAUGUCAUUGGUGCAGCACGUGAGCCCGAACGUCACUGAUGAGGAGAUUAUCACGACGAACAGCGCCGUAGAACGCUUGCGAGAGUACGCCAGAAUCAAUGUCGUCUUCUUCGGCCGACCAAAACCAAAGAUGGCGCGAUACCUUCGCCAGGUCACUGAACGCGCCGAACGACAGCGCUUUCUCGACGAACGAAGACGACUGUUCCAAAAGAAGUUCGGGAGGAGAAGAAAAAAUAUGGGGACAGUCGCGGAGAAUUACCCCGAGUCAGACGACGAAGCGAUUGACGGAUUCUGAGGGGACGCGUUGAGAAGUGCCGAAUCUCGUCGAGAAGGAAAG